AUGGCUCAAGGUAUAGAUCAGUCCGUGAUUGAUAACUUGGACACUUGGACUUGUCGUACGGAGAAUGGACUGUCCACAUAUCUUUCUUUCUUUCCCCACAUUUCUUCGACUCUGGCAGCCGAUUAUCGAUGUGGGUGGUCGUUUCCAUGCUCUCGGCAGCCGGACUCAGCAUCUGGCAGGAAGAAUAGCAAAGAUCACGGGGUAGAUCAAGGAAUCGAAGUCGACAACGUUGCUAUGAUGAACAUUCCCGAUGAUCGAUAUAGCUAA